AUGUCUGAGGCUAUCAGUGCACCGAAGCAAUACAAGCAGCCUUCUCGCAAAGGCAAGAAGGCCUGGCGCAAGAAUGUCGAUAUCGAUGAGGUUCAGGAAGGCCUUCGGGUUCUGAAGGAAGAAGAGAUCAAAGGUGGUCUUCUAUCAGAGAAGCCAUCCGAUGAGCUGUUCGUCAUCGACACCAAAGGUUCAUCAGAGAUCCGUGAUGCGUACCGGAAGAAGCACAAGCCUUUGAAGUCGGAAGAGAUCUUGGCGCAACGCUCCGCUAUCCCAGGCCUCGACACACGCAAGCGCACCAACUCCAAGGUCACCGACGGUGUUAUUGAACCGAAGAACAAGCGUCAAAAGAGCGACUGGGUUACGAGGAAAGACUGGCUGCGCUUGAAGCAGGUGGCUAAGGAAGGCAACCCCGUCAACAAGCCCGCUGAAAAUGACCUUUACGAUCCAUGGGGAGAUGCAGAGGAACCCACCCCCUUGGAUGACCCUCAGUUCGACUUCUUGGAGAAACCGAAGCCGAAGGUAGAACCGGUAACCUUGAAGCAGGCUCCGAUCUCGCUCGCCGCGAAUGGCAAGCCGGUUCCCGCGGUACGCAAGCCUACUGCCGGAAUAAGUUACAACCCCACGUUUGAGGACUGGGACCGGCUGCUGCAGGAGCAGGGGGAGAAAGCAGUUGAAGCCGAAAAGAAGCGCCUGGAGGAAGAGCGUAAAGAGGAGGAAAGACAGCGCUUAAUCGCCGAAGCCCAAGACGAUGAUGGUAUGGUGAAGUCGGAUGAUGAGAGCGCAUGGGAAGGGUUUGAAAGUGAAUAUGAGAAGCCAGACUGGCUAAAUAAGAAGCGUCCGGAGCGGAAAACAAAGGCUCAGAGGAACAAGAUAAAGAGACGCAAGGAAGCAGAGAGGCAGGCCAAAUGGGAAGAACAGAUGAAGAGGAAGGAAGAACAGGCCGCAUAUGCUAAGGAGGCCGCCGAACGUGUGGAAGCACAGGCGCUUGCUCGUGCCGACGAUUCUGAGGACAGCUCUUCCGAGGAAGGUGACGAUACCGUUUUGCGUCGGAAACCGCUUGGUGGAAAGCUAUACGCUCCUGAGAAGCCUCUGGAGGUUGUGUUGCCGGACGAGUUGCAGGAUUCUCUGCGUCUGCUCAAGCCCGAGGGCAACCUGCUUGACGACCGAUUCCGCACUUUGGUGGUUCAGGGAAAGCUGGAGUCUCGCAAGCCGGUGACGCAGGCAAAGAAGCCGAAGAGAAAGGUGACAGAGAAGUGGUCUCACAAGGACUUCAAGAUUCCGGGUCUGUAA